AAAUAUCGUGGGCUCUUUGUAAGUUUUAACUUCAGAGCAUUCUAAUAACGUUAUAAUUCUUGCUCGAACAUUGUGAGAUAUCGUCAUGAGAUAGCAUUAUCAGAUCUUAAAAAAUAGAUCUGCUACUAUCUGUGUGCAAACAGAAAAACUGUUGCACUAUCUAUUAAAGACGGUAAAUUGAGAUUUACAAAUUACGAGUUGUGUAAUUAAUCACACCAAUAAAUAAAAAGUGUCAUAAUACAAGCAUGGUUGCACACGCAUUUCGUAGUAUUCAGAGAUUGAGUCAAAUGUUCGAUGCAGGAAUAAGGACGUUGAACCCCAUAUUGAGAUGUGCAUCAACUUCGUCGCAAACUAAAAUUAUAACGGGGCCAAAUAAUGAAAAGAUUAUUAUGCCCCCGGAUGAUGAGGCUUUUUAUCCGGAAACCUUGAUCCACGAGUUUGUUUGGAACGAUAGCGAGAAUUAUCCUAAUCAUAUUGCUUUGGAAUGUGGCAUAAGUGGCAAGAAGUACACGUUCGCGCAAGCCAAGGAUGCGACAAGUUAUAUAGGCAGAAGUUUACGGAACAUGGGUCUCAAAAAAGGUGAUGUAGUAGCACUAAUGGCACCCAAUUUUCCGGAGACAGUUUUAGGUUUACUUGGGAGCAUGUCCGGCGGACUCAUUGUCACUACUAUAAAUCCACAGUACACGGCUGAGGAAAUGCAAGGACAUUUGUUGAAAGUUAAUGCAAAAGCAAUCAUUACUUCGAACGACAUUGCAUCCAGAGUGCUCGCAAGGGUAUGUCUUCCACGUGAAACUCCUUUCAUUGUGAUUGACGAUAGGACUGGUCCUAUGCCAGAGGGUUCAAUACCUUUUGAUGAUCUCAUAACGCGAGGCAAAUCAUUGUCACCUGUAAAUCUAAACACUAAUUGUGACGAUGUAGCGGUUUUACCAUUCUCAAGUGGCACUACUGGAUUACCAAAAGGUGUUAUGCUAACACAUCGCAACUUGGUGUCUAAUAUAAUGAUGUGUAAAACUACUUUCAAUCCAUAUCAGCCUACUACAAGCACAUAUCAAGAAGUAAUACCUGCUGCACUACCCUUUUUCCAUAUUUAUGGGAUAAAUGUUAUAGCAUUUCCUCGUCUCGCUUUCGGCGCGAAAAUAGUCACUAUCCCAAAAUUUGAACCGGAGACGUUCGUCAAAGUAUUAGAAAGAAAUAAGGUAACUGUACUGUUUUGCGUACCACCCAUGGUACUUUUUCUAACAUCUUCGUUUCUUAUAAAGAAACAUUAUUUCGAUCACACGCAUACAAUGGUGAGCGCUGCCGCGCCGCUGGCCAAAACGGACGUCGAUAAAUUCUACGAGAAACACAACGUUGACUCAAAAUUUUUAAAGUUUUAUCAAGGUUACGGAAUGACAGAAAGUUCGCCAUGUAUAUGCAUUGAACUUGGACAGAAAUAUUCUAGCAUCGGGAAAAAUAUUGCUAGUUGCCAAAUACGCUUGGUGGACAUAAAGACACAGAAGGAUAUCACUACUCCAGGUCAAACCGGUGAAUUAUGGAUCAAGGGACCUCACAUUAUGAAAGGAUAUCUAAAUGACGAAGAAGCUACGAAGAAUACUAUAACUGAUGAUGGAUGGCUGAAAACGGGCGAUGUCGUAUAUUUCGAUGAAGAUUUUGAUUUCUAUAUUACAGACAGAUUAAAGGAACUCAUCAAAGUCAAAGGAUUUCAGGUGCCGCCGGCGGAAUUGGAAGCGGUACUGCGGACGCAUCCAGACGUGAAAGAAGCAGCAGUGAUAGGUAUUCCGCACGAGAGAUAUGGUGAGGUACCGAAAGCAUUCGUGGUGAUAAGCAAGGGUAAGAAGCCUACGGAAGACGGCAUUAAGAACUUCGUGAAAGGAAAGGUCUCCGGCUACAAGCAACUGAAAGGUGGAGUCACAUUCGUUGACAAUAUUCCGAAAAAUCCGAGUGGAAAAAUUCUAAGAUCAAAGUUAAAGCAAGUUUACAAAUCUUAACACCAUCAAUGUGAUAUCUUUUUGAUAAAAUUAUUUUAUUUUAUUUAACCAUGUUUUGGGAGUUUCACAAUACUGUUAUUAGUUAAAGUUAUCGAAAUUAAACACUUCUUUCAUUUAAGUUUUUCACAUAUAUUUAUUUUUAGUUAAUUAAAAAAAAGUAUAUUUACGAUUAUUUAAAUUGUGAACUUAAAAAAGAUUGUAAAUAAAAAUAUGAUGAAAAAUUUAAUUUAUAAUGGCUUAUGAAGUGAAAAUGAGUGUAUUUUCUUGCAAUUUUAA